GGGCUAAGCAGCAUUUUUCGACACUUCCACUGAAAUUAUAAACAGAAAAAAAAUAAAACUGCCCGCCCACCUGCCCGCAAAUAAAUAAAAAAGCCUUCUCACUUUUCGGGCAGCUUCAAGUUCUUCUCAGAGAUCCCAAUUUUUUGAAUUCACAUAUCUAAUUCAUCAUCAUGAGUCUUUUUGGUCUUGGAAGGAAUCAGAGAACAUUCCGGCCCAAAAAAAGUGCACCCUCAGGGAGUAAGGGGGCACAACUAAGGAAGCAUAUUGACGCCACAUUGGGUAGUGGAAACUUGAGAGAGGCUGUGAGGCUCCCUCCGGGAGAAGAUAUUAACGAGUGGCUUGCUGUCAACACUGUCGAUUUCUUCAACCAGGUGAAUCUGCUGUAUGGCACCCUGACUGAGUUCUGUACGCCAGAGAACUGCCCUACAAUGACCGCAGGCCCUAAGUAUGAGUACAGGUGGGCUGAUGGAGUACAAAUUAAGAAGCCUAUUGAAGUUUCAGCUCCAAAAUACGUUGAAUAUUUGAUGGACUGGAUUGAAACUCAAUUGGAUGAUGAAUCAUUAUUUCCUCAGAGGCUUGGUGCGCCGUUUCCAUCUAACUUCAAGGAUGUUGUGAAGACAAUUUUUAAGCGUCUCUUCCGCGUAUAUGCACAUAUUUAUCACUCACAUUUUCAGAAAAUUGUGAGUCUUAAGGAGGAGGCCCAUUUGAAUACGUGCUUUAAACAUUUCAUACUCUUCACUCAUGAAUUUGGACUGAUAGACAAGAAGGAGCUGGCUCCACUCCAAGAGAUUAUAGAAUCCAUCAUUGUCCCUUACUGAACAACAUGAUAUUUUAUUUUACUGCUAAAGCUGGAACUAAAUAGUGUAAUGUAAUAAAGUUUAUCGUGGUCAUCCAAAAGUGUAUAGCCUCAACUGACAUUUGAAGUGUUUGAGAAUGUAUAACGUGCUGUAUGGUUGUAGCUUUUUCUA